GGGCUGGGAGUUGUCCCGGGUUCCCACUGUGCUGUGGAGGCUUCUUCCCAGGGUCCCUGCGCCGAGGGCCGGCGCCCUUCGUGAGUCCUGCUCUGAGCUAGACCUCGGCUCCGGCCGCCCGUUUCCGAGCUGCCAUGUCUUCCGACUUCGAAGGCUACGAACAGGACUUCGCAGUGCUCAGUGCUGAAAUCACCAGCAAGAUUUCCAGGGUCCCUCGACUUCCUCCCGAUGAGAAGAAGCAAAUGGUUGCCAACGUGGAGAAACAGCUUGAAGAGGCCAGAGAACUGCUUGAACAGAUGGAUUUGGAAGUCCGAGAAAUUCCACCCCAAAGUCGAGGAAUGUACAGCAACAGAAUGAGAAGCUACAAGCAAGAAAUGGGAAAGCUGGAAACAGAUUUUAAAAGGUCACGGAUCGCCUACAGUGACGAAGUACGGAAUGAGCUCCUAGGGGAUGAUGGGAAUUCCUCAGAGAACCAGUUGAUAAAAUUACGUGAAGAGAGGGCACAUCUGCUGGAUAACACGGAGAGGCUGGAAAGGUCAUCGCGGAGACUAGAGGCUGGGUACCAGAUAGCAGUGGAGACCGAGCAAAUUGGCCAAGAGAUGUUGGAAAACCUUAGUCAUGACAGAGAAAAGAUACAGCGAGCACGUGAACGACUUCGGGAAACAGAUGCAAACUUGGGGAAAAGUUCCCGGAUCCUGACGGGGAUGUUGCGAAGAAUCAUCCAAAACCGCAUCCUGCUCGUCAUCCUGGGGAUCAUCGUGGUCAUCACCAUCCUGACGGCCAUCACUUUCUUUGUCAAAGGACACUGAUACAUCUGCUCUCCCUUGAUAAACAGUGAUCUUGUCUUGUUCUGAGUAAUUAAGACAAAAUGGUCAGAUGAAUCAUUCUUUUGUGCUGACAGGCCCCAGGUGACCCGUCGCUCCCUCCCCACUGUUCAGCUGGAGUGCAGAGAGUGUAAAAAUAUUUUCUGUUCCUGUCUGCAUGUAGGUUGAUUUCCUUUCUGAGGUUGGUCUUUGCCCGGAUUUGUUGUUUUUUGUAGGUAAAGGUGAAUGCUCAUUUGCCUUUAGGUAACUUCAUCUGCUGUCCAAAAUAGCUUUGGUAACGCUCUCCUUGCCUUGUGGACAUGCCUGGGGUCCUGGUUUGAGAGGGGACAUGAUGACUCAGUCACAGGAGCUUCUGUGUGUCACGUACCUCUCUUUACCAGAAAGGUUUUCUGUGAUGUCCUUGGAGAAAAUGCCAGAAAAAUCAGAGGUCAGCCCCACCCUUCCCGGCAUAAUGAAUAGAGCCAUCCUGCCUAGGCAACUUUAUUGCAAAGGAGAGGAUUCACUGUCACUUGUACAGGAAAUUGACUUAGCACUUCCCCUGGUUUUUUAUUAUGUGUGUGUGUGUGUAUGUGUGUGUCUACAUAUAUAUGCAAGAAAUAUUUACUCACCUUCCCAAAUGCCAUACUCCCCAGAAUUUGCUGGCAGUGUGAGAAUUGGCACAAUAUUUAAUUGAGGCCUCAUCUUCCCUGACCUGGGUAAGCAUGUCUGUGUCUUCUCCGUUUUAAUCUGAGCUCAGUCAGCAUUAGCCCUCGUAUAUACAAAAGGUCUGAGAAGGUUCUCUCCACACCCCUUCCAGCAUGGGUAUUCAGAGAGCAUGAGCAGGACUCCUCUGCUGGUGUGAAGUUAGCACUGUGGUGGGUGAUAAAAAAGAGAGAGUUCUCUAGGACAGUCCACUAGAAAAGCCUUGGUGGGAAGUGUUCGCCAGCCUCCUGUCCAACAGUGAGGAAUCGCAGAGUGCCACAAAAGAACUGCUUGAUUUUUACUAACAACUGUUAGCAAAACCUGCCUCUGUUCUCUGCAAUCAAACCUCCGUCACACUUUGUGAUUUUCUUCCCUUCCUUUCUGUCCGAGGUAACCAAGAAUUGUGUUCAGAAUGUGUUCAUUUGUGAUCAGGUUUAAAAGUUGCCCAAGCUGAGGUCAUUUCCCCUCUAGUCAUGAAGCAAAAUGUGUUUUUCUUAAAACUUCAUGGGCACUUACAGGUCUGUACUAUCUUUUUUAAAUAUAAUUGGAAGCUUUGCAUUCUUGAAAAGCCAACCUGUUCCCGUCACAAAAAAUGCUAACCACCUGUGUUCGUGGAGAAAGAUCAUGCUGUACUUGACCCCCCCACCACACACACACACACAUGCACGCACAUACACACACAUACUCCGAAGAGAAUCAUUAUAAGGUAGAGAGGAAAUGCAAAAUCUACCAGAGAAAUUGUGUUUGUGGAAACUGGCCAAGGCCUGUAUGUGUUCAGAUAAAUCAUUUAUUAUUGUGUAAAUAAAGGUGUAGUCUCUGUG